AUGUCUGUUAGAACUCAUACACAAAAUGAAGCACUAACAAAACAAGAUUCUGUGAAUAUGUUAAAAAAUAUAAUUAAAUUGGGAAUAAGUUUAGUUACAUAUUUAAGAAACUUAUUUGAAGAAAAUGCUUAUGAAGAAGUAUGUAUUCAAGAAUUAAAAUUAAAAAGACUCUUACCAAUAAAUCCGCAAGCUAAUAUGAUAAUAAAUUGGUUAGAAAAAGGAGUUUUUGAUGCAAUAGAAAAAGAAUAUUUGAGAAUAUUAAUAUUAGAUAUAAAUGAUAUAUAUGAUAAUACUAUUGAAUGCUACAAAUUUAGUUUUUCUUAUAAUACAAUAAGAGGAGGAGAAAUUGGUAUCUCUUUAGAAACAUCAAAUAAUAAUAAUAAUGAUUUGAACGAAAAAAAAAAUAAUUCUAAUAUAAAUAGAUUAAAAAACAUAAAAGAAAGAUUAUUAAAUAAAAAGAAAAACGAAACAUCUUUAUAUUUAAAAAAAGAUGCAAAAGAAAAAACAUAUGAAUUACUAAGAUCAUUAGUUUUGCUAACUCAAACAUUAAAUCCUUUACCUGAGAGAACAUAUCUAUCAAUGAAGUUAUUAUAUUAUGAUGAAAUAGUACCAUCUAACUAUCAACCUCCAUAUUUUAGAAAUCCAGACAGUAAAGAUUUACUAAAAUUUAUUAGCAUACCUAAUGAAGAUUAUGUUGGGAAAAUUGAUACAGGGCAUCAUUUUUUAUCAAUUAUUGUUAAUACAACUUGUAAUAAUUUAAGAUAUAAUGAUUCUUAUUCUUAUGAUAUUAAAAGUAGUUAUAACAAACAAAAAGGUAAAGAAUCACAUAUUGAAAUACUAGAUGAUGAUAAUGAAUAUGAAGAUGAAAGAGAUGAAGAAGGUGAAUACAAUCAUUCAAAUGAGAAAAUGUUACAACAAAGUAAAAACUGCUUACAUGAUUUUAAAAAGUAUAUCAUUAUAGAUGAUGAUAAUAUUUCUUAUGAUAAUGAAGGAAAGAGGGAAAUAGAUAAUAAAAUUAUCAAUAAAAAUAAAAAAAAUAUUAAAAAUAAUUUAUCUAAUUUAUCAUUUUCUAACGCGGAAAUUACACCGUUAUCCAAAGUUGUCAAUAAUGAUGAUUAUAUCAAUGACAUUAAACGUAAUGAUAGAAAUGAUAACGUUGAAUGGUGUGUUAAAUCAGAACAAAUAUUGUCAGAAAAAAAUAAGAUUAAUGAUGAGAAGUUUUAUGUAAAAGUAGAAAAAGAUUCUUCAGAAAAAGAAAACAUAAGUAACAGAAAUAAUGAAAAUUAUUUAAUUAUGAAUAAAAAUAUAUCGGGGAAUAAUAGUAUUUAUUUAAAUAAUAUGAAUUCAGAUAAACUUCUACCAAGGAAAUAUAAUAGUUACUGUAAACAGAAUAUUUCAUUGAAUUCUAAAAAUAAUGCAAGCAAAGAAUUAAAUAAUUCUAACUUAAUUCAAAAUAAUACUAAAGAUAUUCCAAAUCAGUUAUGUUUAAAUAAUUUAGAAGAUUCCAGUUCAUACACCAAACAAACUGAUAUAAAAAAUAAUUAUAAUUCUGUUAAUUCACAUAAAGAAAAUGAAUUAAUAAAGAUAGAUAAAGAUACUAAAAAGGAGAAUACUAGUUCAACAAAAAAGGAUUAUAUUGAUAAAUCUUUGUGCAUAAAAUAUAAAAGAAAAUUGCUUCAAAAAAUAAGAGCAUAUAUUACAAGAUAUAAAAUUUUAAGUAAAUCGAAAAUCAAAUUAAAAUUUCCAAAUGCAUCAAAUUAUGAUAUAGAUAAAGUCCUACACAAAUUAGUAGAUGAUCAAAUUAUUCAAAGAAAUGGUUGUAAGUUUUAUAAAUUUGUUGAUAGAAAGAGUGAGGAAAAAGAAAGUAUUGAAAAUAAAACUUCACAAAAAAAAAAUAGUGAGAAAAUUCCUGUAUCAUCAUCAAAAAAAAAACUUGCUUCAGAUCACUUAAGUGAAAUUGAUAAUAUUGAAGAAGCAAAAAAAGAAAAUAGUAGAAAAAAUGAUGUUGAAUCUAAAAAAAAGGAAAACAGUAAGAGUAAAAGUGAUAUAAAUGAAGAACAACAUACUAGCAAUAUAAAUAACAUAAAUAAUGAUAUACAGAAAUUGUAUGACGAUGUAUAUAAUUUAUGCUUAAAGACAAAAUAUGUUAAUAAAGAAAUAAUUACUAAAGGAUUAGGCAUAUACCCAAUAUUGUCAAAACCAUUGUUAGAUAGACUAAUAAAAGAAGGAGUACUGAAAAAAAAAUUCAUAAAAAAUAAAGGAUAUGAAAGUAAAAUAUAUGUACGCAUAGAAAAUAGUUUUAAUAAAAGAAAACAUACUCAAAUAAACAAAUCAAACACACCUGAGAAAAUUUGUCCAAUUAAAAAAAGAGCGAUUAAUAAUAAAAAAAAAAAAUAA